UUUUUCCUUUCCUAUCUAUUUCAAGUGCUGUGAAUGUUUAUGAAGAUACUUGAUGGUGUUUCUAUUCAGUUUAUAUUAUUGUUAAAUUUUCUGCAGUUCUGCAUAAAUGUAGUUGUAGCAGAUUAGAUGACCACACAUUAGCAGACAAGAAAAUGGAUGCUAUUUUUCCCGAGAAUAUCCCCUACUGGGUCUCCUCAGCCCCUUCUUCCUCUUCUUGCACCUUCACCAUUAGCUCCCUUUACCAACACUACUGUGCCCAAAUUAUCAGCUGAAAACUUGAUGAGCAUGACCUCCAUUGAUUGCUGGGCCGUUUUUGCACCUUAUGUAACCAACGUGAUAUGCUAUCCCCAAUACGAGGCCAUGCUUACAAUUCUCAUCGGACAAUCCAGUAAAACCACUAAUCUUCUCGCUUUGAAUGGAAGCCUGGCCAAACAUUGCCUCUCUGAUGUGGACCAGGUUUUGGCAAGCCAGGGUGCUGGAACUAACCUGAAUCAGAUAUGCACGAUUCGCGCACUGAACCUAACCGAAGCUUCUUGCCUGGUGAAAGAUGUUCUCACAUUUGAGAACAUAGUAGAAUCUUCAAAGCUUCUUGCCACUUGCAAGAAGGUCGAUCCCGUGAAAGAAUGCUGUGAACGAGUCUGUCAAAAUGCUACAGUAGAGGCUGCUACUAAGAUUACGUUGAAAGCUUCUGAUGAUCCCUUAAGUCCGAAUGAGCAGCAUAUUGUGAUGGAUCAUUCAGCCGGGAUCGAUGAUUGCAGAAACAUUGUUCUCAGGUGGUUGGCAAGCAAACUUGAUGCAUCUCAUGCGAAGAAAUUUCUCAGAGGCUAUCGAGUUGCAAAGUUAACGAAUUUUGUCCUCUGGUUUUUCCUGGCAUGAAACAUGCUGCGAAAAGCUGUGCCAACAGCAUAAGCAACCAGACAGCAUACUGCAGUGCGAUGGAAAGCUACGUCUCCCACUUACAAAGCAGAGCUUUGUGACCAACCUGCAA